AUGGACUUUCCCGGAGGUGCGACGACCAACGUAUAUCUGGUUGACGGCUUCUCCACGAUCUACUGGAGAAUCUACACGGAAGAGCCCACCACUGUCAACCCAGCGGUAGAGGGCCCCGCAAAUGGCUAUACGAUCUUAAAACAUCUUGGUCGUCUGAAGAAUUUAGAAGCCAGGCUACGGAAUCUGAACUGUCUGGCAUCAUGUCCGAGACGCCUAGGAUUAUGGGUGUUUUCCCCGACUCCGAACUUUGAGAGUUUGAACUCCCUGUAUGUGAAGGAAGGGGAUUCAACAACAACGAAGAUCCUAGUGGAUACAACAAAUUUGAAAGUCUCCGCAUCGGGCAAUAUUACGUCCCAGAAUCUGAUACGAGGCCUUUCAUCAGAGUCCCAAGAUCCGAAUGGAUCUCAAUCAGCCGGAACGCAAAGACCUCAACAAGGCCAACCAUCAUCAAGACGAUCUGACGGCUAUAGCAGCUCAGUAGCUAUAUAUGCCUCUUUCAUCUCGGCUGUCACUGGGGCGAUUAGCAUCCACCUGAUCCGACGAUAUGGUGCUCUCCCGCUUGGAUCUCGCACAUUGUUCACCCCUGUAGAACAGGUUGGAUAUGAGAGCCCGCGAAUAGACAGCGAGAGCGUACUUUCAACAUCUUAUUUAACAACUCUGAAUGUUCAAUUAACUACAGCUGGAACUGUGACAAUCGCCCCGCUGACAGUUUUCCAACAGGGUAUCGCCCGACUAUGCAGCCCAAGUGACGAUAUCUCAAAUGUCUUGAGAGUGCAGCAGGGAUCUGAUCUCUGGCUUUGUCCCAACGGAGCUAUUGCUAGACUUGUCACGGCCAAUUUGGAAUCCCCGACGGUGCCUUCACCGGAUUACUCGAAUCCUGGGGACUUUUCAACAAAGCGAAGACAGUGGAAGCUGGAUGUUGUCCAGUGGCUGACGAAUUUUGGAUUGCAGAUCGAGUCCAUCGAAGAGGAACCAUGGGUGGAAGUCGAGGUUUGGGAGCCCUUUUUUGCAAGGCUUGCUGGUGAAGUUUGGCGUCAAACCGAAGAAACUCAAUCUGCGCUACCUCUCAAACGGAUGCUUUGGCCCGCAAGGUUUUGCUUUCGACGAUGCGGCCAACCAAUCCAGUCUUCCUGGCUCCAGGAUUCCUUGGACGAUCCACUCGAAUUCCUUGGGCAAUGGUCUCCAGAUGCCGAUUCUCUCAAACCAAAACAGAACACGCAGAGCAAACCCACAUUAGAGGAACCUCCAGUUAAAGACCACGAAAUGUCAUCUCCCAGGGUUGACAAUGUGGAAGUCAUCGAAAGCCUCUCCCGAAUGUCUCAAUAUUACGACUUGCAAACAACGAACUUGGUGUAUCCAACUCCACCUGAAGGUGCUACUGCGAUGGGAAUAAAUCACACGAACCAAUCCGAUGCUUUUCCGGAUGAUGUCGACUUUUUGUCACCAGCUGCGGCACACGACAAACACACCUCUAACACCGAACACCCGGCUAACAACCCAAUUGGUACUGGCAAGUACGAUGCCAGCGAUGAUGACGACCUUUUUGGAGAAAUGAAUGAGCGAGACUUCGGGUCCAAAGGAAUAACUGAUGCUGAUUUCAGUUUUUUUGAUGAACCUGAUCUCGAGGGUAUGGGUGAUGAGCCUUCUGUUGAUCACCCGAAAGAGACACUUCAGGCACAAGUGAAGUCAAAGGGUCUUGAAGAGGGGGAAAUGGAAGACAUUAUAGUUCCAGAAAGCGCUCCAUCGGAAAUAAUCGAAUCAGCCCAACCCACCGAAAAGGAACAUGCUCUUGAACCAGUGCAAGAUACCGAACCCGGACUGGCAGACUCACCAAUGGCAUCCGCUUCCUCGGCCCAAUCAUCCCCGCGUCCCGAAAGCCAACCCAUCAGUCCCCCGUUAAGUCCAGUGGAAAUCAAGAAAAUCCUGUUUUCCGGACAACAGCCGGAUCACCAGAAGCAGUCCAAAGAUUCUCAUCUUCUUCAGGGGCACUAUCACCCCAUUGCAUUUGAAAAGAAGAUCGGAGACUGGGACCAGAAAUACGGGGCAGCAGGCAAGUUUUGGUUCUCUACUGGUGUCAAACCAGACACUUUGGACAAAAACCUCGACGCUAUCCCCACCGUUGGCAUUCCUCACCGUGCUCGAGCUUCAGUGAGCCAAGUGAAAGCAAAUGGCACAAAUGAAUCACCAUCAAUUCCCGAAGAGCGUUCCCGGUCUUCGUCGGUCUCAAGCAGUGCCAGUAGCCCAUGCAUCGAUGAAAUGCCAAUGCAGCAUGCCCCGACUCCGCUGGCUCUUCCAACCUUGAAAAGAAAGCGCGUCUCUUCCGAGACCGAUAUCCAAUCCGUUGCGUCAACAGCCAAAUCAAGUAAUAUGCCUGAGGUGAACCUGGGAUCCAAAGCUGAGAAUUCGACUUUUCUGGGAAACUUUCUUGCCAACUUCUCCGACUGGACACUCACUGGUUAUUUCUCUGCGUUGCAAAUCCAACAAUUGCCCGUUCUUCUCCGCCGGGAGGAUCAAAUGCCAAUUGCUCAGCUCCUAGUCGACCAAAUAACACAAUCAUCUCUGGACCAUGUUCUAGAUGGCAAUGUCGGACUAUUUGGUCUUGAAAGUGACAACCUGACUUUGCGAACGUGCAUGGAAGAUGCAGUCUUUUUGGGUGAGAUGGCCAAGUUGGAUCUCAAAGGGUAUGCAACCCUGCAAGACGAAACGGCCGCGGAAUCGCAUCAGCCGUCCAAGGAAUCAGCACGAACCCCCAUCUCAAAGGUCGCGGCUCCACAUCUUCGAGUUCGACGUGGGAAGGAAUUUUUGGAAACUCUUCCGCCCGCUAUCUCAUUUUGGGAGACUUUCGGUCUUGAACCUGCUCGUGGGCCGAAGGAUAUCACGGCUUACUGUAUUCAUCCGAAAUCCGCUUCAAAGAGUGCAGAUUCGUUUCUAUAUCGGUUCGGUCUUACAUAUCAAAGCUGCAACUUUGGUAACCAUUCACGGGGCGAAAAGUCGAUGGCAUUUGAAGACGGAAUGAGGGCAUGGGACACCGAAUCCAGCUACUCUUCUAUGAUGCAGUCUUUGAAAGGGCUGUGUGAGGAACUAGGCGCUGAUUUAUCGCAAUCCUCACCUUCCUCCAAUAAUUGUGUCGUUUACAUUGUCAAUCCGUUCCCUCACGCGGCUGCAUUGGCGGACAUUUGCACGGCUUUCUGGCACCUUUUCCAACAAUUGGUGGCUAACGCCGACCUUCGACAGUCCCGACAGGUCAACGACGUUGUUUUGCAAAUCAUCCCGAUGAAUUUCAUCACAUCUGGGAAAUCAAUGGUUGUUCCGACUCAAACAGAGUACUUGGAACUCGCUCUAGAGGUAUACGGCCGAUGCCGACCAAAGGAAGCAGAUCUGAGUCCUGUAGUAUGUGCGCCGGCGAUACUCCUUGCCGAACCCUUGCCCGAAGCUCUCCAUUUCCGCCUUGCGUCCGAGAAAGGUUCACCGUUACAAGAUGGGCGUAGUCUUCAUAUUGCGUGCUCAAAAAGCGCAGAUCAACGUUGGAUGUCGGUGGCAUGGUCUGAUGGAACUGGGUCUAUCCAAACAACCAUGUCUUAUUGUCUCCGGUAUCGAAGCAAAGGCGCCGCCAGAACAGUUGCUGAAGUGCGCAAUGAGAUCUGGGCCACGACAAAGCACAUUAUGGAGAAGUUCCAGGCCCGCUGGAGGGUUGUGCUGGUGAAUACCGAACCAAUGGAUCAAGACGAUAUUGAAGGAUGGAGCGUUCUGGCCGAUCAAGUGAACAAGAUGAGACCAGGAUCACUGGAGUUAACCAUGAUCACCGUCAUCACCACUCCUGAACUCACCCUCGAAGCACCCGCUUCAGCUAUGACAACAGCCGUCCUGAAUCCCCAACUCUCAUCUACCCCCGUCUCAACACCAAACCCGAGUGCCAGCAUUGCCUCGCCCGAGCAAUCUGGCAAUGCGCCAACUCCCAGCGCCACCUAUAACGCCCCCACUCCCACCGAACCUUCCAUCGAACCCGACUCAGACGUCGUUCUCGCCGACAUCAGCGAUGAAUCGUGGGUAGUCAUCCUCUCUCAUCGCCUCAAUAGCUCACCUCAUCUCACCGAGUUUCGCCCCGCGCUGGCUAGCGGGUAUCUCCUCCGCCGCAAAGGCACCACCGACGGCGAGGGUGUCUUCUCCAUGACUGUCAACCUCGUAUAUUCCCAGCGACCAUCUUCAUCUCACGCAGCUACCUUGAAGGAAACUUUGGGCAUGUAUCGCGAUCUAGCAUCUCUUGCCCGAGCGAAGGGCAUGCGCAGUGUGCAGAACAACACACUGCCUUGGCAUAUAGCGACGGCUUUGAGGGCCCAAGAGCUUUUAAGCUACGUUUUCUAA